UCUCCCUCUCUCUCUUACUCUCCCUUUGUCUCUGUGUGUGUUUCUCUCUCUCUCUCUCUCUCUCUCUCUCUCUCUCUCUCUCUCUCUCUCUCUCUCUCUCCGGUGCAGUCGUGCGUCCUGCCGCUCUGACCGACUUGCCGCGCAGGGCUUUCUGUGCCAAGACCGGCUGGACGCAGCGCGCUGUGAGCGCGUUACAGCGUUUCUAAAGACGCGGUCUUGCCAAAAUUACGGUUCACAAAAAAGAAAAAAAAAAAGAAAAAAACGCGGAAUAUUUGUUGGAGGUUAAAAAAAAUAAUAAUAAGAAGAAAUGACCUGAGAGACGUCGGCAGUUUAAUCACCGGCUCUGGUGAAGGUGGUGAGUGGGAGCGCUCCGAUCGCCGGCGUCGUGCGUAACCCUGGGAGAGCAGGUGGAUGGAGAGGCUGGCUGGAUGCGGCUGUCCGGCAGGUCAGCUGCCGCCUCGGAGCGGCCAGACUCCGCGCUCUGCGUUGACAGACACCUUGUCACGAUGGACUUGAUGUGAGGAGGGAAGUUUUUCGGAUGAAAAAAUCUCUCUUGCUCCUUCGCUGUUUCUCUCAUGCUGGGAUGUGAUUCUUGAGGAUCUUCGUUAAUGAAAAUCCCCUGUAAUCCCAAUCCCCAGGAGCCCUGACCCCAGCACCCCGAAGUCUCCCAUUCCCAGAACCCAAGGGUUAUUUUGGAACUCACCAACCCGUACUCUUCAGACACUUUAGGUUCCCUAAACUCCUCUCAGCCAUCAUGGCGUUGGAUCAGUGGCCCUUUCUCCCCACUUCCCCCAACAUCUCCAUCCCCGAGCCCCUCCUGUACGACAGCUACAUCCAGGGGAAUGAGUCCGACCUGGACCUGAACGUCACAGAGACCAGGGAGCCCACCCAGGACAAGACCAGCUCGGUGGUCAUCACCUUCAUCUACUUCAUGGUGUGCGCCGUGGGGCUCUGCGGCAACACCUUGGUCAUAUACGUAAUCCUUCGCUACGCCAAAAUGAAGACGGUGACCAACAUCUACAUCCUGAACCUGGCGGUGGCAGACGUCCUGUGCAUGAUGAGCCUGCCGUUCAUCGCCCUGCAGCUGGCACUGGUGCACUGGCCCUUUGGAGAGGUGCUUUGCAGGGUGAUCAUGACUGUGGACUCUCUCAAUCAGUUCACCAGCAUCUUCUGUCUGAUGGUGAUGAGCAUCGAUCGAUACUUAGCUGUUGUCCACCCUAUUAAGUCCACAAGAUGGCGGAAGCCCCGCAUUGCCAAGCUUAUUAACAUGACGGUAUGGGGUGUGUCGCUGUUGGUCAUCCUUCCCACUAUGAUCUUCAGCGGCCUGGACAAGGUUCCGGUGUGCGGCAUCGUGUGGCCGGAGCCCCAGGAUGUCUACUACAAAGCUUUCAUAUUCUACACCUUCUUCAUUGGAUUCUUCCUGCCACUGGCGGUCAUAUGUCUUUGCUACCUGCUCAUUAUAGUCAAGGUUAAAUCUUCUGGAAUACGAGUGGGUUCCACCAAGCGCAAGCGCUCUGAGCGCAAGGUGACGCGCAUGGUGUCCAUCGUGGUGGCGGUGUUCGUCCUCUGCUGGCUGCCUUUCUACAUCUUCAACGUCACCUCCGUCACCGGCUCCAUCAACCCGACCUCCGCCGUGAAGAGCACCUUUGACUUCGUGGUGGUGCUCGGCUACACCAACAGCUGCGCCAACCCCAUCCUGUACGCCUUCCUGUCGGACAACUUCAAGAAGAGCUUUCAGAACGUUCUGUGCCUGAAGAAGGUGGCGGGCCUGGACGAGAUCGAGCGCAGCGACAGCAGGGCGGACAGGAGCAGGAUGGCUAACGACGCCGCGAUAAUCAACGCCAACUUGGAGACUCACAAUGCCGCCCUGCUCAACGGCGAGCUGCAGACGAGCAUCUGAGCGCCGGGAAAAAAAAGGAGCAGCAGUCACAUCCGGCGGUGCAAGGGUCCUUCAGACUAAUGGGUCGCCAGUGCACCGCCAGUGACCCCUGCUCAGAGAUGCGCGGGCCGGAGGGUGAUGUAAUGAAUGCUGCUCGUGGACGUCAACAUGUGGACGAAGUCUAAGUGAAAAAUAAACAAUUUCCUAAGGGUUUCCAGAGGUCAGGGAAAGUACACUGGCUCCAAUGCCAAACUCUUGAUGUGUGGGUUAAUGAGGCAACUUGAGCCGGUUUGCCCCGAGGCGCAGCAAAAAUGUGUCUUGACUAGAGUGAUUUCCGCUGCCGUAGAGACAAGUGAUGCCCACAUCAAACUUAAAUGAGCUGUUAAUGCUGGCCAGCUUGAGGUUUCUGUAGACUUGUCAGACUGAUCCAGAGUAAAACCGAGGGAGGGUGGGAGGGUGAACUGCUUCGGACCCACUGGAGAAUAUCAGGGGGGGUCGAGCUCAUCCAUGGAUUUUUUUUUUUUUUUCUGAAUGUGGAAAUACUGCUGAAGAAACUGCCCGAACAUGUCAGCGGAAAACAGCCGACACUGUGAGUCUGUAGAGAGAAAAAUCAACAAAGCGCAACCUUGAAUUGUUCCGUGGUUAUGUUUUAUUCAUGCCAGCUGAUUGAUCUGCUCUUACAUAAUCAACGGGGCAACAACAUGGCGAUGACCUCCUAACGUGACGUCUUAUUUUCAGGCAAAGGAAGGAAGCCCAUUUUCACUCUCUAGCUGGCAUCAUGGCAAGAGGAGGUGCACCAGGGCAUAAAUUGUGGUUUUAACAUCCUGGAUUAUUGAUUAAGUGGAAGGAGAGGGAAACCUCUCUGCAGUCGCUCUGACCUUGCUUGCUUUAUAACAGCUUGAAUCUGUAAAAGCAAAAAGAUAUUUUGUCAAUCUCCGGGGGAAAAGUUUCGCACGUGGACGACUCCGUGUUCUAAAAUGAAUGACUGAAUGGAUUUCAAAGGCAAUCCCUGUUGUAAAAAACUGUAUCGUUAAAAUGCAUCAAAGAAGGCUCUUCAAUCAUGUUUGUAAAAACCAUCAUAUGUACUUUACACUUCAUUGUAUUCUGGGUCUUAAUUAGUUGCUCCCUGUGCCAGCAGUGCCACUGUAAGGAGCCCGUUUCUACUUGUGAAGUGCUGUGUUUUGCCGAUGUAAGAUUACCUCCUGAGUUCAUGGUCACAUUUAGUUCGGCCAGCGUGUGCUUACAAAAAAAAAUUGGCUAACUUUCACAGAAGGCAGGAAAAUGCAUUGUGUCGUCAAAGAGGGAGGGAGAGAGGGGGAUAAGGAGACGCAGAGAGGAGACUCAACAAACUAAUGCUUGUGUAUGCAUUGCAUUUAAAAAAAAAAUACAAAAAUGAGAGAUUGUAGUAGGCAAGUGUACUCCAGCGAUUUCUUUUUUUUUGCUUUGAUACAUUGAAAAUUGAAGCAGCAGGAGCUGAGAGAUCCCAAAUUUGAGAACGGAGUGUGGGCAAAUUUCCAAAAAACAAUGGAUCCUACGCUUUUCCACCAGAGGCUCCCGUCUCUUAGCUGGUAACACAGUCCUCCUGUUAUACAGCAGCUGUCUCGAAGGACCAUCAGGGGUUAUUUCAUCAGACAUAAGAGCGCUCCCCCCAGCGCUGCACACAAUAUUAUUUUUUUUGUUUUGGGGCUGAAUAGUAGGCCUCGUGAAAAAAUAAAUACCUCAAUUGAGCUCGAACUCACCCCUAUACAUACUUAAAAAUGUAUUAAAAUUGCUCUAUAUUGUACUAAACUUCAUGGUGUGCUGUACAUUGGAGAAUGAAGGACACAGAAAUGAGACAACUAUUAUAUAUCUAGCUACAUAAGGCCGGAUAACAUUCCCACCAAGGCCACUUAUUGUUAAUAAUUGAAUUGUCAUAUAAAUGUUUUCCAAACAACGUAAAAAAAAGAAUACUACUUGCUUGACCUGGACUCUCGCUUCUCUUAGUGGCAUUCAAAACAUCGAACGAAUAGUGUAAAAUAAGGCAGCUAGAGUUAAGUGUAUACAAUUCACGAUGACCCUGUACUUCCCGUAACCCUCUAAGUCUUAUUCCUCGUGAUUAAUGGUAAUUGUGAAAAAAAAAAAAAAAAUAGUUGGUGAAAUAUCAUUCACAUGUUUGGUUUUUAGCCAUAUCCAUGGUCUCCACAGAAAGAACUGUAAUUGCUGAUCCCUUAACUUUUCCAUCCAUGAGGUCCAAUUUUUGAUUUUGUCUAAUAUUUUGUGAUGUUUUGCAUUUACCGCCUUUUUGGAAAAUGGACUACCUGUAAGACUAAUGAUGUUCUGUAGGCGCACCAUGUCAGCACUGGAGAAAGGUCUGACUACACCGAUUCUUGUUCUGGUCCAGGGACUGUUUGCUUUUCUUUAAAAUAACCACGACCCUCUUGGGUGGUGCUGAACUGUGGAUGCAACGACAGUGUCCCUGCCAAAUAGUGCUUACUGACCUUAAAUUGCUAAAUCCUUGCAAAAAAAAAAAAGAAAAAAAAAAAGACAAACGCUGCUAGCUUGUUAAUAUGCGUAACUUUAACGCCACUUUGGGGUGUCUUGUCAUUUUCAGCCUGCAGGCAAGCCUGCUAGCUUGGAAGUAGCUUAAUUGUUGUUGUUUCCUGUAGAGUUUCCUGAACAGUUAAAUGAAGAUAUAGUAAGGGAGGAGAAUGCUGCCACAACUCUGCGCACUGAGGCUAGCUUCAGCAACUUUGUGUCCGGAGAGCGUAAGAAGAUGUUAGCGUGCAAACAACCUAAAGUAAAGACGGUACACACAGUAAACAUAGCCUACCUUUUAAAUGUGUGCGUGCUUUGUGUGCAUGUUAGCAUGCUGAUGUUAGCUCUGAGCUAAAGUUAAGCCAAAGAUCUGGCGGCAUCUAUCAGUCACAGACGUCACGCUCAAGGUGGGUCGCUCAAAUGUUGCCACUGCUGUUGUUAUCUGACAAAUUGUUUCAGUAUCUCCUGACUGAUUAGCAACUGAAGACAGGUGAUAGUGACAACCCAGACAACCAAGGGACAUUGGUCGAUAUUUCAAGACAUGACCAUAUAUUUCUUCCCUGUUAGCUUCCAUGAGUCACCAGCUAACGUUAGCAUUCAACCCUCCUAGCAAACAAAAGUGUAUAAUAGUUUUACAUUAUGAUGAAUAUUAACACACCUUGAACGGUCAAACGGUCAUGCUCACCAGGCACGUUGAAUGCACACGAUACCUGCUGUUUUAUCAGAACUAAUGGGUUUGCAAAUAUGUGGUUGUACUUUAAAGUACCACCCAAAGUCCUCAUGUAUGUUCAAUAUUUAUAGUAUUCAGCUGCUGAUCAAUAAGGAAGUGAAGAAAUGAUUAUGAUCCACAUGAUUAUGAUUCACGGAACACAGCAGCAUAACAUUAUCCCAAGCAGUUGAGCUUCCCACCCGAAGAAGAGUUGAGUCCGACGUCAGAGGAAAUCGGCCCAUGGCGAUUACUCUGAAUUAGAACAUUUAUUCAUUGUUAAAUAUUAAUAGUGUCUAUACUAGGACUGCUCCAUUGAUGACCCAAACUUACCCCAUGUGACAUCAUUUUCAUAAACUGGCUUGCUGGUUAAUUUGCUCUCUAAAACAGUACCAGUUAGAGAUAGUAGAUAAUUGGGCUGAUUCCACUUAGGUACAGCUUCACUGGUAAGUAUGAGCCAAAGGAGCUACAGCAAAGACCUUUCAAUCUGGGAAGCUUAUCACUCCAUUAAUGCUGACUGAAUGAGUCCACGUCCGGGAUAGACAUCUAUUUCCGUUUAGCUAUCAGGCUGUUUGUGCACGGCGACUUUUCUCUGAUGGACCUCCAUGAUGGAGCCACACCUGGUUGCUGGGAGAUUUGUCAAACGGCUGCAAAGCCUCUGUGGUAAUAAGGUCACCCACCAUAUGGUGCAGUGUCGGAUUCACUUCGCCCCGGGCACAUCAGUCAAGUUAGGAGCCAUCAAUCAGCGCAGUCAGAAGAGAUGUGGAGCCGGACAGGGCUCGUCCUGAGAGCUUACUGCAGAAAAUGAUUACCUGUAGCCUCACACACACACACACACACACUCACACACACAGACACAUAGAUGACCACACAGCGUAUAAUUUGUCAUGACAUUGUCUCUGGGCUGUCGCUAUAGUAGCAGUAGUAUGUGUAGCACUGUCAGUCCCAUCUACGCUCGCAGGUCAGAAUAGACACGCUCAUGUUGGCGCACAUUUCUAGGCAUGCGUUGGGGCUCAGUACAGUUUCACAUGAUGUAUAUAAAGCAACGAAAAUACAAAAACCAUGUGUCACUCAGACAUGAGCUCCUUGCAGUCUUGUCUGAGUAAUACAGAGGGCGGUAGGGGUGACCGACUCUUCGUCAUGCUGACCCAGUCGACCGUGUGUUUGUGUGGUAUUAUUGUGACACAUCGCUAGACCAAAGGCUUUACGGGAGCUACAACCACAGCCGGAGUUUCUGUUUGUUAGGAGUGUGAUUCGAUUAACGUUACGAAGAAAAAACUUGUGAAUCAUCCCGAAACAUGCAAUAUCUAUGUAUCUUUAUUCCUCUGCUCUCGGUACCAAAUGCGUGCAUCUGUAAAUGUGUGUGUGUGUGUGCGUAUGUGUGCGCCAUGGUGAGAAACUCAUCUCACAAUCCCAACUGUUACAGUUAAGGUGUUUAGCGCCUUUGAGCCUGAAGUGCAAGUACCAUGCUGUCAUCAUCCUCAGCUAAUUACUUUUACUCUUUCUCUCUCUUUGUCUUUCUAUCCCUUUCUGUCUUUCGUUCGCGUGCGCAGCUGGCGAGGAACAAUUUGAGCUGACACACGUUUUACUCCCACCCAAACGAACUGAGCUGAUAUCCGCUGAACCAUAUGGAAGGGUACACACUCUGCCUUGCCACCGCUGCAGGCUAUUUGGACAUACUUAAUGUACCUAAUGAAUCAUUCUGAUGUUUAAUAGAUGUUGAUAAGAUGAUGUGUGCAAAAAAGCCAGUGUACAUGUAGCGCCAAGAGGGCAGCUGAGGCGAUUAAAACGGCGCCCAUAGUAGCCGCUUCCUUUUGUCAUUUUGUGGAGUCGAGACCUCAACGUUUCUCUGAAACUAGGUCACGUUCUGAGGAACAUGUGCUCGUCUGGGUUGACACGGAGCUCUCGUUCUUGUUCCUUGUUCCCGCCACUGUAUAGUGUACAGAUGAGAGGCAGAAGCAGAGGAAUGGGAAACCUCUGCCUGCUCUGUUUCUUUUUGUCCAAAAAAAAAAAAAAAAAAA